AUGGCUGGCUUGGAAGGUGCUGCUUUCCAGAGCAGGCUUCCCCACGAUAAGUUGACAGCCACUGAGGCCAGUUGCUUUCCUGAUGUAGCCCAAAGCUCAACUCACACACAGAAGCUUUUCCUCUAUAUUAGAAAUAAAUUACUAAUGUUAUGGUUAGAGAAUCCUCUGGUGCAGCUGACUUUCUGCGAUGCACUUGCUCAAAUUGAGUCUCCUUAUAACAGUGACGGCCCAUUUGUAAUGAGGAUUCAUGCAUAUCUCGAGAGGCACGGCCUCAUCAACUUUGGUGUCUACAACAGAGUGAAUCCCCUCCCUGGCCAGUCUUUGUUCAUCAUUUUAAAGAAAACAGGAAAAGUGAUUGUGAUUGGUGCUGGCAUUGCUGGAUUGGCAGCUGCCAGACAACUUGCAUCAUUUGGGAUGGAAGUUGUCGUACUUGAAGCCAGGGACAGAGUGGGAGGUCGCAUAGCAACAUUCAAAAAGAACAACUACAUUGCUGAUCUAGGUGCUAUGGUUGUCACUGGCCUUGGAGGCAACCCAAUAGCCAUAUUAAGCAAACAAGUCAACAUGGUGCUGCACAGGAUCAAGCAGAAAUGUCCUCUUUAUGAAAGCAAUGGAACAACAGUACCAAAAGAUAAAGAUGAGAUGAUAGAGAAGGAGUUCAACCGGUUAUUAGAAGCAACAUCAUACAUGUCACAUCAGAUGGAUUUCAAUUCUAUCAACAACAAACCUGUUUCACUUGGCCAGGCCCUCGAGCUUGUCAUCAAGUUGCAGGAGAAGCAUGUUGUUGAAAUGCAGUGUCGUCACCAAAGACACAUAAUAGAGUUACAAGAGAAACUAAAAGUGAAUCUACAACAGAUGACAGAGCAGAAAUUAAGAGUUGAGGAGUUGUACAAAAUAUGGCAGGCUGCCUCAGAAGUGAAAGGGGUUCGGGACAUCACUGCUGAGUUUGCUGUUAGAAGCAAACAGAGAGAUGUUAUGGCUGCUUGUAGGGAGUUUGAUCAGUUGGAGGCACAACAGAAAGAAAUUGAGGAUAAACUGCAGGAGUUGGAAGCAUCACCUCCCAGUGAUGUCUACCUAUCAUCACGUGAUCGUCAAAUACUCGAUUGGCACUUUGCCAACUUGGAAUUCGCGAAUGCCACACCCCUUUCAACGCUGUCACUCAAACAUUGGGAUCAAGAUGAUGACUUUGAGUUCACUGGCAACCAUUUAACUGUUAGGAAUGGUUACUCGUGUGUGCCUGUGGCAAUGAGCGAGGGAUUGAACAUACAGUUGAGUGCUGCUGUCAGAAAAAUAAAAUAUUCAGAUGCCGGUGUGGAGGUUGUGACGACACAUUCACGCACCAAUUCAAAUGCAACAACUUACUCUGCUGAUGCGGUUCUUGUCACACUCCCACUUGGUGUUCUCAAAGAAGUGAACAGCAUCCAAUUCGUUCCUCCACUUCCACAGUGGAAAACAAAUGCCAUUCAAAGAUUAGGCUUUGGAAAUUUGAACAAAGUUGUCCUCUGUUUCGAUCGCAUCUUUUGGGACCCUCAUUCAAAUCUCUUUGGACACGUUGGCAGCACCACAGCCAGUCGGGGUGAACUUUUCCUCUUCUGGAACCUCUACAGGGCUCCUGUCUUGUUGGCUUUGGUGGCUGGAGAAGCAGCCAUGAUCAUGGAGAACGUCAGUGAUGACGUCAUCGUUGGAAGGUGCAUUGCUGUAUUGAAGGGAAUAUUUGGAAACAAUUCCGUGCCUCAACCGAAAGAAGCUGUGGUGACAAGAUGGAAAGCUGACCCGUGGUCUCGUGGUUCAUACUCAUUCGUGGCUGCAGGUUCUUCAGGAAGCGACUAUGAAAUUAUGGCCACCCCGGUUUCAUACGUUGACCCCAACACUAACAUCAACAGCAACAACAUCUCAUCAAUUUCCCCAAGGGUAUUUUUUGCAGGAGAGCACACAAUUCGGAACUACCCAGCCACCGUCCAUGGAGCAUUCCUCAGUGGCUUGAGAGAGGCUGCCAACAUAGCCAAUCAAUUUCUUGGGGCUCCUUAUGUUCUACCCAAUCACAAUCAAACUUUCAACAGCAACAACAACAAUAAUAAUAAUAAUUUAAACAAAUUAGUUGGCUUAAAUAACAUAAUUAAUAAUAAUAACAAUUUUAAUAAUAUUAUAAGUAAUGAUGACAACAACGUUGUUGAUCUUAUAAAUUAUAGUAGCAGUUUAAGCACAAGCGUCACAAUGCAUGCAACUAAUAGCUCCGACAUUAAAAUUAGUGACAGGCUCAUUAAUGAAUUCGUUGUCCCAACCAAUAGCAGUAAUAAUAAUUUUAUCAUUAAUGCUGCUAGUAGCGUUUAUGGAGUUUUUGGAUCCGGGUCUUCUAGUAUGUAUUUGUUUUUUAUAGUGCUUUUAUGUUACAUUUUACUUUAA